CUGCCCGCCCCUUCCGUCUCCUCCCUGUCGUGCGCAGGGCGCGUGAGCCGAGGCGCCCAGAGCUAUCGCGCUGGGGACUAUGUUGCUUUCGAACAUCCUGCUCACCGGUACACCAGGGGUUGGAAAAACCACACUAGGCAAAGAACUUACGGCAAGAUCAGGACUGAAAUACUUUAAUGUGGGUGAUUUAGCUCAAGAAGUCUGAUCACCGGAUAUCAUGGAGUCUGGCAAGAUGGCAUCUCCCAAGAGCAUGCCGAAAGAUGCACAGAUGAUGGCACAAAUCCUGAAGGAUAUGGGGAUUACAGAAUAUGAGCCAAGAGUAAUAAAUCAGAUGUUGGAGUUUGCCUUCCGAUAUGUGACCACAAUUCUAGAUGAUGCAAAAAUUUAUUCAAGCCACGCUAAGAAAGCUACUGUUGAUGCAGAUGAUGUGCGAUUGGCAAUUCAGUGUCGUGCAGACCAGUCUUUUACCUCUCCUCCCCCAAGAGAUUUUUUAUUAGAUAUUGCAAGGCAAAGAAAUCAAACCCCUUUGCCAUUGAUCAAGCCAUAUUCAGGUCCUAGAUUGCCACCUGAUAGAUAUUGCUUAACAGCCCCAAAUUAUAG